UUGGAGCCUUGGAGGUGCUAUUUAAUUGUCGGCCAACAUCCCUAAUUUCUAAAUCUUGAAAAGAGAGGGUGGAAUCCGUGCAAACUUAACUAGGGUUUUAGCUUUGCAGAAUCCUUCGCUCUAUAUCUAAUAUGAGUCGUCAUCCUGAGGUUAAGUGGGCUCAGAGGGUUGACAAGGUCUAUAUAACAGUGCAAUUGCCAGAUGCCAAGAAUGCGAAAGUAGAUCUAACUCCUGAUGGCAUUUUCACUUUCUCUGCUAGUGCUGGUGCCAAAGACCAGCUGUAUGAGUCAAAAUUGGAGCUUUUUGACAAGGUGAAUGUAGAGGAGAGCAAAAUUAAUGUAGGAGUCAGGAACAUAUUCUGUGUUGUGCAAAAGGCAGAAAAUGGAUGGUGGAAAAAGUUACUGCGUGGAGAAGGCAAAGUUCCACAUUACAUAAAAGUAGAUUGGGACAAAUGGGUGGAUGAGGAUGAUGAUAAUGGAGGAGGACUUGGUGACUUGGACUUGGGAGGGAUGGACUUCUCGAAAUUUGGCGGGAUGGGUGAUGAUGCUAUGGGUGAAGAUUUUGAAGACAGUGAUGAUGAAGAGCAAGAAGUGUCAAAGCCUAGUGGCGAACACGAGACUGACAAGGCCGGGGAGGAAGGCUCUAAGGGAGGAGAUCCCGCGGAGAAACAUGAAGCUGCUUCAAGCACAUAAAGCUCUCGCUGCUGCGGAUGCAGAUAACUCUUUCAAGUUUGUGGAGUGGGGGUUUCAGCUGCUAAUUAUUAUUGGUUGGUUGUUGUUUAAGAGACACGCAUGUCUCUCAUCGUGUUAACAAAAAAUUGACUCGUGCUAUUCAGCAGCUAAAGCUUCUAGUUGAAUUAGGAUGAUGUCCAUUUGGAGAAUCUUAAUUUGAUGGAUGAAUGGCAGUAUCAGGCUUUCUCGUUUGGCGGCA